GACUGAAAGCCCAAACAAAAUAAUUACACUGACCGUGCCACCUCAGGUACACAGAAUAGGCUCGUCCGCAAGCUUGUCCACCGGCCAAACACUACUGCGCUGACUAUAAUGACUGUCAAUCAGUGAAGUAUAUAACCUGUGAAGGAGCAACAGAACAAAAUCUUUCACCUUUCACCUUGAAAUUCUGGAGACAGUCAAAGGAAGGGAUGGGGGAACAAUAACUGACUUGUAACACUCUAUACCCUAUACUGCAUGUGCAAGGACUUAGUACGUUGGUAAUCUGCUUGCAAAGAUACUCGGGCUGUGGUGAAGCAGAGACAACUGAGGGAGGUGUGACUAGUCUGGCAAAUAAACUGGAAAACAAAGGUUGUAUUCCACAGAAUGAGUAAACACUUUGUACAUUAUUUUUAAGGUGGUGUAUUUCCGUUACCUGCUCAAACUUACUUUUCAAGUUUCUUAGCGUUUUUUUUCCACUAAAAGUGAAAUGUUGUAUAUGAUUUUGUAUAUCAGCAGUACGCUUACAAGAAUCCGAAGGCUGCCGUGCACUAAGAAAAUAGGAACGAAUUCCGUCAACAAUCUGGGAAGGAACGUAUACAAUUAAUUCGACGUGGUGUUAUGCGAAGUGAGCGCAGUUAUAUGUAGUAAAAUGGAAGGUUAUAUUUAAUGCCUACGGUUGAAGCCAGUGCUUCUUUACGAUUAAUAAUGUACCUAAAAGGCAAAUCAAAAUUAUAAUUUCGGAGAAUCUGAGAGCAGAUUAUUUCGAUCAUCAGUCAAUACGAGAGAUUCCAGAGGAAGUGAAUGUGACUGUGUAAUAAAUUUGAUGAAUCAUGUUUCUUCACUUGUUUUAGUCAUUUAAUAAAAACUUCAGUAGUGGGUAUUGUCCUUAUCCUAAUGAUAUAUUGCAUAUAAGAUAUUAAAUCUUUGGUUCGCUGUGACCAGGGCUUAAUCUUCUGAGGCUAAAACUUACCUCAAUAAUAUUUAAAAAUUCACUCCUUAACUGAAAGGAGACUUAUCUUCAUUGUGAAGGUUAUUUGGUUAAUGCUGUUUACUUCAAGAAUAAUAUGAAACCCACUCUGUGAGCAGACGUGCAGAGCUGUUGGAUGUUAAAGCAGGACAGGCCCUGUAGCCCACAGCCAAGGAAAUCAAUUCAUUCUUAUAAGAUGGGUACAAAUGGUGUACACCGCAGUCAGUGGAAGUAUGCAAAGGCAGAUGAAUUAAAGUGUGAACUUUUAGACUCUAAUGAAAGUGGUGAUACUUCAAAGGAGGUUAAGGUUAAAGAAGAAGAAGAAGAAGAAGAAAGUGUUGAUAAGUCAUAUCAGGAAGUAUCUGAUCGUACAAUACCAGAAUCGUCUGCACCUCUGAUUUCUGGUGGAAAAUCACCGACAUCUCACAGCUCUCCAAAACGUACAACUAAGAAAAAGGACCAGGCAUCAUGGAUUACAAAAGGAAGAGUACGAUUUGCUGUUUGUGUGUUAGGUUUUGUAGGUUAUAUAUGUUAUUUACAAACGGGUACAGAAACAGUACUCUCCCCUUCGAGUGUUAAAGUCUCAGAAUCAGAGCGUUUGCGAAAGGAUAUAGAUAAAAUUAGUUAUGAAUUUCCAUCACAGCCUAACAUAACUUGGCGAAACUUUAGAUCUGGUAUUAAAAUAGCACAAGAUCCUAGUAACCCAAAACCUGCAGUAUUUCUGCUGCUUCAUGAGUUGGAGGAUGAUACACCAGCUUGCCUGGCAAUGAAAAUUGGCAAGGUAACCGCUUCCUUCCUCAAUGCUACAAACCGAGAACCCCUUAUCCUAGAAGGAUUAGAUUUUGAGCACAAUGAAACCCUUGUUGAAGAUUAUGGAAUAAUUUUAGAUGAAUUUUGCCCCAAGGUGAAAGAAAAGCGUGCAGUGAUUGUAAAUAAUCUCCACAAGAUACAUGGCAAAAUAGCCCAAUCUUUCCAAUUCUUCUGUGAUGGUGAGAAGCCUCUUGUAAAUAAUACUGUUUAUAUCUUUACUAUGAAAGCUUUGGGGGUUAACCAUGCUUCAGACAACCCCACCAGCUUGGCAGAGAAGGAAUUAAAGAAGUUGUGGGGUGGUCAGUUGGAUGACGAUGUAUUAACACCUCUUAUUGUUCGAAUCACCGACAUAACCAUGGUAAUUAGUCCAGAAAGAAAUCCUGCAUCAUGUUUCACAGAGAAGUAACUUCAUAAAGAAAGUUGUCUUUAAUGCCAUUAUAGUAUUGUAUUACAUGUUUCCCAUACAGCAUUAAAGUGGAAACCAAGUUCAAGUUUUGCCUUUGGCAGAUUGAUGUUUUAAAAACAUUGCACUUUUUUUUACCUACAGUGGUUGUGGCAGAAUAAUAAGGCCCAGAAAAAUAUUUGCAAUUUUGUAUGAUUAGUUACUAGGUUAUGAUAUAAGAUUCUUCUGCUGUAGGCCAAUUUUUUAGGUCUACUUAAAAAGCUGUUCUUGUUUGAAGGUAAAGGGUUAUUUGUGAAUAUUGACUUCAUAUAUUGCAGGUGUUUUAGAAUAGGGUGUUGAGGAGGAUAUUUGGGCCUAAGAGGGAAGACGAUGGGGUCUGGAGAAAA